AUGCACCUAAAUUGCCUUACAUGCAAGUACAAGGAGAGUAAUACAUCGGAGUCUGAGAUAGAAUUUGAUCGAGAAAAAUCUAGAGGGGAAUGCUGUUGUGUAAAGGUGGACAUCAGGUUCUUGUCAGGGAACAUUCAUCCAUUAUCCUACGAGAAUAUGAGAAGUGGAUUUGUAAAGUUGGGAGAGAAGAAGGUAAAGCUGGGUCAUCGUCGGAAUUAUAGUGACGGAGUUGUUGGAUUUGGAGGUGGUGCAGAGCCCCGGUUGGUGAGGAGCUGUGGGAUGAGAAGGGAUUGGAGCUUGGAGGAUUUGGCACAUGGGGGAGAGAAGAAAGGAAGAAAAUAUUGA